AUGGCUAGGCAGCCGCCCAGGUUCUACCCGCGACUGCUCCGAGCCGACUCCCCCGCCGCGGAGGACCCGGGCGUUCCCAUGGACAUGCGGCAUGGGCUGGAUCCGGACACGCUGGACCCCUACAAAAACAUGGUGCUCAACUUCUUCUAUUCCUACCUCCUGGAGUCGCCCGUCUCCACCGCCGCCUCCCUCUCCUGCACCACCGCGGAGGACGGCGACGGCGUCGACCGCGUCAGCCUUCUCCCCGACGAUCUCCUCCGCCGCGUCGUCUCCCGCCUCCCCGCCAAGGACGGCGCGCGCACCGCCGUGCUCUCCUCGCGCUGGCACCACCUUUGGCGCUCCACCCCGCUCGUCCUCGUCGACACCCACCUCCUUCCCGCGGCAUGCGCCGGGGCCCGGCCCGGCCGCGCCGGGGCCGUCUCUCGCGCCGUCACCGGCGCCGUCUCCGCAGCCCUCGAGGCGCACCAAGGGAACUUCACCUUCGUCAGCCUCACCUGCAGCUUCCUGGAACGCGCCGACCGCGGCGUGCUCGCGCGCUGGGUUCAGCUCCUCGCCACCAAAGGCGUCAGCGAGCUCGUCCUCGUCAACCGCCCGUGGCCCCUCCCCCGUGGCGUCUGCCUCCCAGUCGCGCUCUUCAGCUGCGCCUCUCUCACCCGUCUCUACCUCGGCGCCUGGCUGUUUCCGGACACCGCCACCCUCCCGCGCGGCGCUGCUUUCCCCAAUCUGCGUGAGCUCGUCCUCGGCUGCGUCAUGAUGACGGACAAGGAUCUCGACUUCGUGCUCGCCGCCAGCCCCGUGCUAGAGAUCCUCGCGGUCGUUGGAAGCCAGACCCAACUGCACGCUCGUCUUGCCAGUCAGAGCCUACGGUGCGCGCAAUUCUGCUUGUCCACUGUGGAGGAGGUCGCUGUGGUGGACGCCCCAUGCCUUGAGCGUCUCUUCAUCUGGUGCUGCUCAAGCCACGGCCUCGGCACGGCCAGGAGCAAAACAAGCAUUAGAGUCAAGAUUGGUCGUGCUCCACAGCUGCGUUUGCUGGGAUACUUACGGCCAGGAUGGCAUGUGCUGGAGGUUGGCAACACCACCAUCAAGGCUAGUACACAGGUGAGCCCAAGGACGAUUGUCCCCAGUGUCCAGAUGUUAGCAUUGAGCCUACAUUUUGGAAUCCGCAAUGAAGUCAAGAUGCUGCCUAGCUUCCUCAGGUGCUUUCCGAACGUCGAGGUUCUUCUUAUUCAGUCCGAGGAAACUCAUGAACCCACUGGUAACCUCCGCCUCAAGUUCUGGCAGGAGAAUGGUAUGAUUGAGUGCGUCCGAUCGCGCCUCAAAAGAAUCGUUUUCCGUGAGUACCAUGGGCAUGAGAAUGAGUUUGCCUUUCUCAUGUUCAUUGCUGAGAAUGCAGAGGUGCUGGAGCGGAUGGUGGUUGAGUUGAAGUUUGGAAGAUAUGCUGCGCCUGAAGAGAUUGCUAUCAAGAUGAAAGCUCUGCAAGGUGCCAAAUGGGCCAGUGGAGGCGAUAAAUUGCAACUCACCUUCAGCAAAUUUCCUAGUGCUUGGAGCCUCUCGAAAGGAUCUGACUUCUCAUUUGAUGACCCUUUUCUCUGCCUCUGCUAUAUGCCAACCUAUUUCGAAAUGCGAGAUAGCUCUGGCCAGUUCAAGCCUCUGGGUUAUCUUUAG